UCAUCUGAUCCAUGAUGACUUGCAGUAAAGCAAUGCUUCCUCUAACAAGGUACAAGUAUGGAUUUUUGCAGUCCAUAGAUGUUUAAAAUAUUCCACCUUCUUUAUUCCUCCCUCUCUCUCUUUACAAAUGAAUGGAUGAUCAUCUUUAGAUUUAUGAUUAGGUUUUUAUUUCUCCUGAAGUAGGGCAAGAAGUAGGGAAGCAAGGAAAUUUCUCUGUCAUAAUUAGGGCCUAUUCUCUGAGGGCUGUCUCUCUUCCAGCAACCCAAAGUAGCCACUAGUUAGGUUUAUUCCUUUCCACUUCUCAUUUUCUUUCUGUAUAUUUUCUCCUCUAAACACAUAAACAUACCACCACCUUUCUUUACAAAAGCAGGAUCAGUUUACAAUUUUAGAACAUUCUGUGCACUAACAGAGCCCUCAGGUAGCUUGGGUAACUCACCAUAGUUUGUAUCUUCCAAUGCUGGCGCAAGCCCUGGACCCAAGGUCAGUGUGUCCUUCUGCCAAUUGAGAGCCUUGCUCUGCUCACUGACUGUUCUAUUCACAGUGAAGCUAAAAGGUGUCAGCACUGAAAAAUGCCUUUGGGCCCAAAUUAUACAGGAAGGAAUUCCAUCUUUUGCUGCCUGAGCCUGAAAGGCAAACCAAGCUAGAGCAUCCUUAACCUUUGUUCUUUCUUUCAGAUGGCCAAUGAACUACAGAGUCCAAUUUGGCCCUCUACAGAGAGUUCCUAGUCCACUAUGCCUCUGAGUGAGUUUGGAGUGUUGCCAAUCUGGAUACAAAAAUGAGAGUGCCUGAGGGGAGAGAUUCUUCCCAAGUUCUUGGUUGUCAGAAAGAUGAGUAUCAUCAAAUGGCUCUGAAAGAAAAGAUGAAAGGGAUCACUACUGUAAACAGUUGUGAGAUUAGGUUGUCCAAAUCACUAAGCUCAAAAUGAGACAGGAGUCCUAGAAGAGAAAGCAGGACAAGGUUUCAGGGAAUUUAUCAGAGGAGGCCAAGUUGAAUGGGCACUAAUGAGCAGAUGACCUAAGCCGAGGAGCCUGUAAAAGCCUAGCAACCAAAGUUAUCCAUGGAAGUGGGGUACUAUAUAAUUACAAUGUCUUUGAGGGAUGCUGGGCUGGGGGUUCAAAUUGGCUGACACUUGCUCAAUCAACAAGUUAUCAAACAUAUAAUUAUAAUAAGGACCAUGAACAGGGCCAGAGGAUUCUUAGUAGAUGCACUCAAACAUGGUACUUCUCCCUGUUUGUUUUUCUUCUUCUGGUACAUUGUGGGCAAAAAGCUCUACUGAACUAAGCCUCCAGAUAGCUUCCUGUCUUUUAUUAAGGCAAUUUUUUAAGACAAGGGACUAAAUUACAUAGGGGCAGAUCUUAAAAAUGUACAAGAUCCCCUAGCCUAGCAUUUUAGAGGUACUCAGAAAAUGCUUUCUAGGUUACCACAUCAUAGGGCUGUUAUUCCACAAAAGCUCCUGUCUUGAGGAUGAUAGCAGAAUUCUUUAAAUGAAUGGCUGGUAGUAUACAGAUAUUUAGACUAUCCCACAGUCUUUUAUGGUGCCUGGUCCAUGAAUGGGCUGACCUUUGCUGGGCCAGGGCUUCAUAUAUUUAUUCCAAAUAGGGUAAACGUUGGGUGGUUCCUUGGCCUUGGGAGAGGCAUCAUGUAGCAUGUGGUAUUAAUGUGAAUCAUGUGCACAUUCACAUAAGAAAUCUAGGAGGUAGCCAAUUCUCAUCCUUCUCACUUCCAAAUGUUUAUCUUUCCAACACAUUCUUUAUUGUUUUGCCUGCUAUCCUCUUCCUUAGUUUGCCUUAUAAGGAAAUUUCAGGGUUGCAAGCUCCUUACCACCAUAGAAAGUUUCUCCUACUGUUCUGGCUGAAUUGCCUGCUGCCUAAUUUUAGUUCAUUUUGUCUAUAAAGACAGGGAGGGCUUCGUGGGGGCAAAAGGGCUAGUCAUCGUGGGAAGAAUGAAUCGGUCUGAGAAUGGUGAUGAUAAUCUCAGGGGCAGGAAGUUGGGGGUGGAUGGGCUAUUGAAACAGCAUCAAAACAGUCUAUCUUCUCUUUUUAUUAAUCCCACUAGGGGGUGCCCAGGAUCCCAGCAAAAUCAUUAUUCUUGGGGGGUUGAGGAUGGAUGGAUGGGGGCAUUUCCUAAUAGAAGGGCACUGGCUAGCUCAGCCUUUCUGAAACUCUGCCCCAAGUUCCCUUAAGAUGUAUGUGUUCAAAUCAGUAAGUGCACAAAUGCAUCUGUAUCAUUUGAGAGUUCUCAAAUGGAUAUAUCUGAAUUCUCUAAGAUCUUUAAGUCUGUGGCUCCAGUGUCUGUGGACCAGUUAAAGCCUUCUGGACCCAGGAGAAGUGGAAUAAGAAGAUUCGUCUGACUCAACUGGAGAUGGCUCCCUUCCCUAAUUUAUGGCUCCAUUCCUGAAGCUUUCUCCCUCCUGGCUCAGUGCGAGCCGGGGCGGGAGAGCAGAGGAUGGAUGCAAACCCUGCAGAGAGCUCAGUACAGAGGCAGAGCAGCCGAGGCCCAGCCAAACCCCAACCUCUUUCUUGUCUUUUCUUGGGGCUUUGCUAAACCUGGAAAGGAAAUGAAUUCCAAAGCCAGGAAAUGACCCAGAGACGAUAACAAUAUAUGAAAAACUAAGCCUUUGCUUCCGCCACUUUGUUUCAAACUAUUCUCAUCUGUGUCCCAGGAAGCCUAACCCAUUGCCAGAUGGCAAUCUGUUUUCAGAUGCCUCUUGGCAUCUGCCACUCCCGACUGGUGACAUUUACACAUUUCAGAAGACAAACCUGUCCCCACAUCUUCAAACUUCUGGAGAGGUGUAGCCCCUGAAAAGUCCUGACAGCAUGGGCCAUCUGAUUUGCCUCAUCUGUAGCUCAGCUGCUGCUGGCCUUCAGCCUGGAACUGUACCACACUGACUCUGUUCUUGAAGAUUUGCAGAAUCUGAAAUCAAAGUGCCCCUUGCUGCCAGGAAAGGCUGGCUCCUGCUCCUGUAGCAUAAUCCCUUCUCACCAGGCGUUCCUGAAGAAACGGAAUGAGUCAGAAAGGAAGAAAAUGUGUCUGAAGGCAAUCUGGGGGUGGCCUGGCCUCUCAUUGCUUCUGAAAAUUCCCUCCUGGUUUGCAAUGCAGGUGACAGAGAUUUGGUCUUUCUGUUUCCUCCUCUGUCAGUUUCUAUUCCAACAGAUCUUUCAUUUACCUCUCCAGUGAUUAGCUUUGCAAAAGCAAGAGGCCUUCUGAUGUGGAAUUAGCCACUGUUAUAGAAAAGUCUAGGCUUUUGCUUUUAUCCCCAGGAGCCAGGCAAGAAAAAGCUCUUAUUCUUACUUCCAGAAGGAACUAUCACUCAACUGCUUUGUUCUAGCUCCAAGACCUGUGCUUUUCCCAGGCUUCUAAUUUUUACUGAACACCACACAUCAGUAUUCCCAUGGAAGCUUGUGUGCCUGUUGGGAGUCUAAACACAGGAGGUGACUUCUGAGAUACUGGAUCCGAACAGCUACCCACUUCGGGUAUUGCGCAGCGAUGCACAGCUAUCAAGUACCACUUUUCACAGCCAAUCCGCUUACGAAACAUUCCUUUCAACUUAACCAAGACAAUACAGCAAGAUGAAUGGCACCUGCUCCAUUUAAGAAGAAUCACUGCUGGCUUUCUGGGAAUGGCUGUUGCUGUCCUGCUGUGUGGCUGCAUCGUGGCCAUGGUCAGCUUCUUCUGGGAGGAAAGCCUGACCCAGCACGUGGCUGGACUCCUGUUCCUCAUGACAGGGAUAUUUUGCACCAUUUCCCUCUGCACCUAUGCUGCCAGUAUCUCUUACGAUCUGAACCGACUCCCGAAGCUGAUUUACAGCCUGCCUGAUGAUGUGGAACAUGGCUACAGCUGGUCUAUCUUCUGUGCCUGGUGCAGUUUAGGUUUUAUUGUGGCAGCUGGAGGUCUUUGCAUUGCUUAUCCCUUUAUUAGCCGGACCAAGAUUGCACAUCUAAAGUCUGGCAGGGACUCCACAGUAUGACUGCAUUCCAGGUACCUGCCCACACACAGUAUGGGUGACUCCGCAGGCGAGAGGAAUGGAGUUUACAUCAGGAUCCCAAGCACAACACAGUCUCUUACAUUCCAGCCUGUUGUGUGCAGCCCUUUUCUGGAUGACUGACAGCAAAUCAUGCAAAAACCUCCCAACCUUUCUAAGGACAAACUGAUGGUGGAUUCAAAGCACUUUAAUGGCUGUUUCUGCUUUGACUGUGAGACAAGAGAGGGAGCUGUGGCAUGGGGCAUUUCUAAGGGUCAGAAAAGAAACUUCAGUGGAAAAAGAAAUUUGUAUGAUUUCCAUUUAUUUCUGAGAGUUUGUAUAUAACAAUUACCUGAGAGUCAUUUCUAUAUGCAAAAAAGAUUCGUAAACAAAGUGAUUAUAAUUUUCUUGUCACUGUACUAGGCUUGUUAAGUUUCGAUCCAACAGCUUUAGAACUUGUUCUACUGAUGUCUUGUGGUGUCAGAGCCCAAUAUUUGUGUAUUUUUUGUGGAUGUUCCUUGUUACAGGAGGGUUCUUCUGUUGCCUUAUUAUUAUUUUAUUUUAUUAAUUGGAAGUCUGCUCUCUGUCUUUGUACUGGAUUCAAAAGCAUAAGGGAAACAGAUCAACCAUGUAAGAGCUAAUCCGUGACACUAUGCAGUAUUGUUUGAAGUCCUCUCUGUUGUUCAGCUUCUGUCUCUUUCUGUUAACUGGAUUUCUGCAUUAAAUGACUUCUCCCUUGUUAA